GGCUUCGUCGUCAUCUCUUUUUCAAGUGAAAUCACGUAACGUCUGUAUAUGACACACUGUGUACAUAUGUGUUCCAUUAGUAGUAGUAUAGUAGUAGUGUAGUAGUAACUGCGAUUGAGGAGUGAGUCUCGUAACGGAUGGGAAUUUGGUAAAAGUAUACUAACAGUUUUGAAACGGUUACUGUGGCGUGUUCUUCAACGCGAGUACGCAUUCUUGCGUUCCUUUAUUAUUUUUUUAAUAGGGCAAUGAAAGGAUGAACACUUUCAACUGUUUUGUGUUCGUCUUCGCUCUUGCGGCAAAUUCAUUAACAAACGCAUACGACUACGAAUGUAAUGUGCCUCUUUUGGAUAGAGCUCAUUUAACAGCAACUACGUUUCUACCGGAGAGAGGACCUAACAAUGCGAGACUUAACGGGGAUUCUGCGUGGUCACCAGAACUUAGCAGUUAUGAUCAACAUCUUACUGUGGAACUGAGCGACAGGUACGAGAUACGCAGCGUCGCAACACGGGGUCGCGCCCAUACUAAUGAAUAUGUGACAGAAUAUAUUGUACAAUAUUCUGACGAUGGUCAAGCCUGGACUAGUUACGAAGGUCAAGAUGGUGUAGAUGAGAUGUUCAAAGGAAAUACGAAUGGAGAUACUAUCAAACUUAAUAAAUUUGAAGUCCCAAUUAUUGCACAAUGGAUAAGAAUAAAUCCAACCAGGUGGCGAGAUAGAAUAUCAUUGAGACUUGAAUUAUACGGAUGUGAUUACGAAUCCGAUGUAUUAUCAUUUAAUGGAUCAUCUUUGGUUCGUUUGGAUUUAUUAAGAGAACCAAUCGAGACAGAUAGACAUUCUAUACGUUUUCGUUUUAAAACAAACUUUGCAGAUGGUAUAUUAAUGUAUUCACGUGGUACACAAGGGGACUUUAUCGCAUUACAAUUACGUGACAAUAGAAUGUUAUUGAAUAUCGAUCUUGGAUCUGGUGUUAUGACGAGUUUAUCAGUAGGAAGUCUUUUGGAUGAUAAUAUGUGGCAUGAUGUUGUUAUAUCAAGAAAUAGAAAAAAUAUCUCUUUCUCUGUUGAUAGAGUGUUAAUAAAAGGAAGAGUUAAAGGAGAAUUUCAUCGACUAGAUUUAAAUAGAGCACUUUAUAUAGGUGGAGUACCUAACAAACAGGAAGGUUUAGUAAUAGGUCAAAAUUUCACAGGGUGUAUAGAAAAUUUUUAUUUGAAUACUACCAAUAUUAUUCAUGAAUUAAGAGAAACUGAACUUACCGGAGAAAAUCUAAAAUAUCAUAAGAUUCACACGAUUUAUAAUUGUCCUGAGCCUCCUGUCAUUCCUAUAUCAUUUUUAACACCUGGAUCUUAUGCUCGGCUUAAAGGUUACGAGGGUAUUCCGUCGUUGAACGUUUCUCUUGGAUUUCGAAGUUACGAGGAUCGAGGAAUAAUUCUUUAUCAUAAAUUUACAUCUCCAGGAUACGUUAAACUAUUUUUAGAACAAGGCAAAUUGAAAAUCGAAAUCGAAACAAAAGGAAAUUCAAAAGUGAUUUUAGAUAAUUUUGAUGAAAAAUUUAAUGAUGGAAAGUGGCAUCAGAUCAUCUUAACAGUAGCAAAAAAUACUCUUAUACUAAAUGUCGAUGGUAGACCUAUGAGAACUAAACGUAUUUUGGAAAUGAUAACUGGAUCAUUAUAUUGGGUAGGUGGUAUGACAGGAGAAGAAAGUAAUCGUGGAUUUGUUGGCUGUAUGAGAAUGAUAAGUAUUGAUGGAAAUUAUAAAUUACCAACUGAUUGGAAAGAGGAGGAAUAUUGUUGCAAAAAUGAAGUUGUUUUUGAUGCUUGUCAAAUGGUCGAUCGUUGUAAUCCUAAUCCUUGUAAACACUCUGGUAUAUGUACACAAAAUUCUGAUGAAUUCUUCUGCGAUUGUGCCAAUACUGGUUAUUCAGGAGCUGUUUGUCACACAUCAUUGCAUCCUUUAUCCUGUGAGGCGUAUAAAAAUAUGAAUUCAGUAAAUCAAAGAGCAGAAAUUAAAAUUGACGUUGACGGAAGCGGACCAUUAGCACCCUUUCCAGUCACUUGUGAAUUUUUUGCCGAUGGACGUGUAAUGACAGUUCUAAGGCAUAGCAACGAAGUCCCAACACCCGUUGAUGGAUUUGAAGAACCAGGCAGUUUUAUUCAAGAUAUCAGUUAUGACGCUGAUCUCGAUCAAAUAGAAGCUUUCUUAAAUCGUUCAACGAGAUGUAGUCAAAGAAUAAAGUACGAAUGUAAACACUCAAAAUUAUUUAAUUCGCCAGUUUCACAGAAUGAUUACUUUAAACCAAAUUCAUGGUGGGUGAGCAGACAGAAUCAAAAAAUGGAUUAUUGGGGUGGCGCUUUGCCAGGUUCACGUAAAUGCGAAUGUGGAAUACUCGGAAAUUGUGCAGAUCCAAGUAAAUGGUGUAACUGUGAUGCUGACUUAGAAGGUAGACUUGAAGAUAGCGGAGAUAUAACGGAGAAGGAAUAUCUUCCUGUGAAACAAUUACGCUUCGGAGAUACCGGCACGCCAUUGGACGAAAAAGAAGGCAAAUAUACCUUGGGACCACUUAUUUGUGAAGGAGAUGAUUUGUUCAAGAACGUAGUAACGUUCCGCAUUGUUGACGCUACUAUUAAUCUACCUACUUUCGAUAUCGGCCAUAGUGGAGAUAUUUAUUUUGAAUUCAAGACGACGAUUGAUAAUGCUGUAAUUAUUCAUAGCAAAGGUCCUACGGAUUAUAUCAAAGUUUCUAUAAACGGUGGAAAUCAGAUACAUUUCCAAUAUCAAGCAGGUGGUGGACCACUUGCAGUAAGCGUUGACACGUCUUAUAAAUUAGCUGACAAUCAAUGGCAUUCCGUUUCCGUCGAAAGAAAUCGUAAAGAAGCUAGAAUAGUUAUUGACGGAGCAUUGAAAAACGAAGUUAGAGAACCACCUGGACCAGUGCGUGCGCUUCAUCUUACUUCAGAUUUGGUAAUCGGAGCAACUGUUGAUUACAGGGACGGCUUUGUAGGCUGUAUAAGAGCUUUGCUUUUAAAUGGACAAUUACAAGAUAUUAGAAGUUAUGCAAGACGUGGAAUGUAUGGUAUAAGUGAAGAUUGCGUAGGACGAUGUGAAAGUAAUCCGUGUCUUAAUAAUGGUACAUGCCAUGAAAAAUAUAAUGGAUAUUGGUGCGACUGUCGUUGGACUGCAUUCAAAGGACCAAUUUGUGCGGAUGGUAAAUUUAACAGAAUUUUAUACGUGUAUAAUUUGUACAAAUAUAUAUAUCUUACCAUUAUUGUUAAUGCUUUCUUCUUUACUUGUGUUUCAGAAAUUGGCGUUAACAUGCGGUCGAACUCGAUGAUAAAGUAUGACUUUAUGGGCAGUUGGCGUUCUACAAUUUCAGAAAAGAUUAGAGUUGGAUUUACAACGACUAAUCCUAAAGGUUUCUUACUUGGUCUGUUCUCAAAUAUUUCAGGAGAAUAUAUGACGAUUAUGGUUUCUAACAGUGGUCAUUUACGCGUUGUUUUUGAUUUCGGUUUCGAACGACAGGAAGUUAUAUUUCCAUCAAAACAUUUUGGUUUGGGCCAGUAUCACGACGUUAGAUUAAGUAGGAAAAAUUCUGGAUCCACUCUCGUCUUGAAAGUUGAUAAUUAUGAACCGAAAGAGUUCCACUUUGAUAUUAAAACUUCCGCUGAUGCUCAAUUCAAUAAUAUUCAAUACAUGUAUAUAGGUAAAAAUGAAUCUAUGACGGAAGGAUUCGCAGGUUGCAUAUCUAGGGUCGAAUUCGAUGACAUAUAUCCUUUGAAGUUACUCUUUCAAGAAAAUGGACCAGGAAAUGUUAGAUCUUUAAGUAACACUCCCGUUACAGAAGAUUUUUGCGGAGUAGAACCAAUUACGCAUCCACCAAAUAUCGUUGAAACGCGACCACCACCUGACGUAGACGAAGACAAAGUUAGAGCUGCUUAUAAUGAAACUGAUACUGCAAUCUUAGGAAGUGUAUUAGCUGUUAUUAUCAUAGCUUUAGUUAUUAUGGCAGUACUUAUAGGAAGAUACAUGUCGAGGCAUAAAGGUGAAUAUUUGACUCAAGAAGAUAAAGGUGCCGAAAUUGCUUUAGAUCCAGAUUCAGCGGUUGUACACUCUACGACUGGCCAUCAAGUUCAAAAGAAAAAAGAAUGGUUUAUAUAAAUCUAUAAGGUAAUAUAAUUAGCGAGUGCACGUUUAUCUUUGGAUAUAUUAUUAAGAGAAAAAAGUAUAUAUAACGAGAUGAAA